UAUGUUGCACUUCAAUCAAUUACUCUGGGUCCGUUUUCGAACUGAUACCAUCGGAAAAGAUUAAUAUGCUUCUUCAGUCCGGGGGAGGCAUUGUGCAAUCGUCCUUGCCAGAGACAGGUCCUUGAAGCAUACCGGUACCAGUCAUGGCGUCGCACGGCCGGAGUCACCCUAUGAAGUUAUGCUUCGUAACGGUGGGCGCUACGGCUUCUUUUCAUUUACUUCUGCGGGCUGUUCUGGAUGAGAAAUUUCUGGCCGCUCUGCACGAAGCUGAUUACACUCAUCUUCUGGUUCAAUACGGGAAGGACAGCCAGACUCUCUUUCAAGAGCUUCUCAGCAAAUACCCUCCUGGAAGCCCAGGUCGGCACGGCAUUGAAAUCGACGGGUUUGAUUUCAAUAAUGCAGGUCUGGACGGGGAGAUGAGGCUGGCCCAAGCGAGCCCCUCGGAGGGUCGAGAUGGUGGGUUGAUUAUCAGCCAUGCGGGAUCGGGCACUAUCCUGGACGCACUACGGCUAGGUGUUCCCCUUGUGGUUGUUCCAAAUACAACUCUCAAGGAUAACCACCAGGUGGAGCUAGCCCGCGAGCUACAGAAGCAAGGAUAUGUCGUGGCUAGUGAAUAUCAGUAUGUGUUUGUUGCUGUUGAGCAUGCCGAGAAGCUACGGACUCGCAUGCUGGCUUGGCCGCCUGUGAAUGGAGCAGGCCAGAAACGCCAUCGCACGCUAGACCAGGUGAUGUCGGAUGAAUUGGGCUUUUUGGAUUAAAUCUAUUUCCUCGUGGGAGCGUUUGCGCCUUGAGUGUUUUGUGUUUGAACCCUCAUACCUGUGGGUCCGUAGAU